GGCCGCAGGAUAGGGGUCAACGUCAACGGCCGAGGCGCGGGCGGGAGGGGGCUUAUCGCCUUGAACGCACAGCAUCAGCAUGGCUUUGCCGCAGCCCCUCCGGGCUUUUAUGCAAGAAGAAAUCGCCGCCAACCCGCUCCCUCUCAUAAUUGUACACUCGCUUCGCAUCCGGGACGAGGAGAGAGGGCGUACAGAUACAGGGGGAGACGUCUAUAUAUGGCCGUGGAAUUCUAGUUGGUUGAGGCAUUGCUUCUCCGUGCCGAGCGAGCUCUCCUCCCCUCCUCCUUUCCUCGGUUCUUGCUAGAGUCAUCGGAGAGGAGAGGCAGAGGAAUUCGAGGAGAGGAUGGCGGGCGGUGGCAUGGCCGCGCUGGGCGUGAAGAAGGAGAGGGCGGCGGAGUACAAGGGCCGCAUGACGCUGGCCGUCGCCAUGGCCUGCCUCGUCGCCGCCGUCGGGGGCUCCAUCUUCGGCUACGACAUCGGGAUCUCCGGAGGAGUGACCUCCAUGGACCCAUUCCUGGAGAAGUUCUUCCCGGUGGUGUUCCGGCGGAAGAACUCCGGCCACCAGAACAACUACUGCAAGUACGACAACCAGGGCCUCUCGGCAUUCACCUCCUCCCUGUACCUGGCCGGCCUGGUCUCCUCCCUCGUCGCCUCGCCGGUGACGAGGAACUACGGCCGACGCGCCAGCAUUGUCUGCGGCGGCAUCAGCUUCCUCAUCGGCGCGAUCCUCAACGUGGCGGCCGUGAACCUUGGGAUGCUGAUCCUCGGUCGUAUCAUGCUCGGCGUUGGCAUCGGUUUCGGCAAUCAGGGUGUGCCGCUGUACCUGUCGGAGAUGGCGCCGGCGCACCUCCGCGGCGGGCUGAACAUGAUGUUCCAGCUCGCGACGACGCUCGGCAUCUUCACGGCCAACAUGGUCAACUACGGCACGCAGAACCUCAAGCCGUGGGGGUGGCGCCUCUCGCUCGGCCUCGCGGCGGCGCCGGCGCUGCUGAUGACCGUGGGCGGGCUGCUCCUGCCGGAGACGCCCAACAGCCUUAUCGAGCGCGGGCGCGCCGAGGAGGGCCGGCGCGUCCUGGAGCGCAUCCGCGGCACCGCGGACGUCGACGCCGAGUUCAUGGACAUGUCGGAGGCUAGCGAGCUAGCCAACACCAUCAAGAACCCGUUCCGGAACAUCCUCGAGCCGCGCAAUCGGCCGCAGCUGGUGAUGGCCGUGUGCAUGCCGGCGUUCCAGAUCCUGACGGGCAUCAACUCCAUCCUGUUCUACGCGCCGGUGCUGUUCCAGACCAUGGGCUUCGGCGCCAGCGCGUCGCUCUACUCCUCCGUGAUCACCGGCGCUGUGCUCUUCUUGUCUACCCUCAUCUCCAUCGCCACCGUCGACCGCCUCGGCCGGAGGAAGCUCCUCAUCAGCGGCGGCAUUCAGAUGAUCGUUUGCCAGGUGAUCGUGGCGGUGAUACUCGGGGUGAAGUUCGGGACGGACAAGCAGCUGUCGCGGAGCUACUCGAUCGUGGUGGUGGUGGUGAUCUGCCUCUUCGUGAUGGCGUUCGGGUGGUCGUGGGGGCCGCUGGGGUGGACGGUGCCGAGCGAGAUCUUCCCGCUGGAGACGCGGUCGGCGGGGCAGAGCAUCACGGUGGCCGUCAACCUCUUCUUCACCUUCGUCAUCGCGCAGGCGUUCCUGUCCAUGCUCUGCGCCUUCAAGUUCGGCAUCUUCCUCUUCUUCGCCGCCUGGAUCACGGUCAUGACCGUGUUCGUCUACAUUUUCCUGCCGGAGACCAAGGGCGUGCCCAUCGAGGAGAUGGUGCUGCUGUGGAGGAAGCACUGGUUCUGGAAGAAGGUGAUGCCGGACAUGCCGCUCGAGGACGGCUGGGGAGAAGGGGACGCUGGGCGUGCUGACAAUAAGGGUCAGUGAAGAUCAUUUGGAAUGAGUUGUGCAUUGUUGGUUGGUUAGAUCCUGUAAGACACAGUAUUUUUUUUCAUGCGAUGCAAAGCCUCCAGAAUGGCGGGUACUCUACCAGGCUUGUUCGAUAAAUGAGACUCAUAUUAGCAUGAAAAAAAAAACAAUCAAGAGAAUUAGGUUC